CUCAUGUCCCGGAGCUGCUGAGCGACUGGUGGCGGGCUUGGAGAGGGGUAUAAACAUAUAAAUAUCGAAGCGUGCUGCUGUUGUGCUGCCCUGGACAUGCUCGAUAUUUUCCCCCAGGCCAGACCACAUAAAAAAAAAAUGGACACCGCACGUGGCACACAAACGAGCAAUCAGCUUACCUUUUUACCUCUACCAAUCGAGCGAGCGAGCAAUCUGAUUUACCUUGUACUUGCCUGAUUUUCACCAAGCCUGCAUCGUUCAAGCCUUUUUCUCCAGCAAAAUCGAAUAUCGGAUCGGCAAAUUGGAAGCUACCCCUCCUCUUGGGGCUCGUCAUCUAUUCUUGGGCCACCAUCCACCACGCAGAUUUGAACAGGCCAAGACACUCCAGCUCGCCUGCUCGAGGCACAAACCAACCACCAACAACUUUAGGUCUUGUUGCACCUCCCAGCCAGCAAAACACACAUCUCACAGCAGAACACAGGGCAAGACCAGGAUGCUGGGAAGCAAGUUCGCCCGCGCCGGAUCCCGGCUGCGCGCAGGCCCAUCUAGCCUCUUCGUCAGCCGCCGCCUCACCGCGCCGUCACCCGUCCUUAUCAAACAGCGGGCGACGGCCGCCUUCACCACCACCACGGGCGGCAACAGGCAGCCCGACCCCAAGGACAAGGAGCACGCCGAGACGGCCGGCAGCUUCGCGCGCACAGACGCCUCGGUCCAGGUCGAGUACCCGCAGGACCACGAGCUGCCGUCGUCGGCGCCCGUCACCGGCGCCGGCCGCGCCGGCAUCAACGUCCGCCCCACCCUGGCCUCCUUCUCGCUGCAGGGCAAGGUCGGCAUCGUGACGGGCGGCGCGAGGGGCCUGGGGCUGGUCAUGGGCCAGGGCAUGGUCAUUAGCGGUGCCGACCUGGCCAUUGUCGAUCUUAACAAGGAGGAGGCGCAGUCGCAGGCCGAGGCCAUCGUCGAGCGGUUCCGCAAGGAGAACCCCGAGGCCGGGCGCCUGCCCAAGGUGACGGCGCACUACGCCGACGUGUCAAGCGAGGAGUCGGUCGCCGGGUGCAUCGCCGAGGUCGUGGCGGAGCACGGCAAGAUCGACAGCCUCGUCACCUCGGCCGGCUUCGUCGAGAACUUCGAGGCCGUCCAGUACCCCGUCGACCGCAUGCGCAAGCUGUUCGGCGUCUGCUUCGACGGCACCUACCUCUUCGCCACCGCCGUCGCCCGCCACCUGAUGGAGCGCCAGGCGGCCGGCAGCAUGGUGUUUAUCGGCAGCAUGAGCGGCGCGAUCGUCAACGUGCCGCAGCCGCAGGCACCCUACAACAGCGCCAAGGCGGCCGUUCGCCACCUUGCUGCCUCGCUGGCCGUCGAGUGGGCCCACGCCGGCAUCCGCGUCAACUGCAUCUCGCCCGGCUACAUGAUGACGCCGCUGACCAAGAAGAUCCUCGAAGACAAGCCCGACCUCAAGAAACAGUGGACGUCCCUGAUCCCCCAGGGCCGCAUGGGUGACCCCGAGGACCUGAUGGGCCCCGUCAGCUUCCUGCUCUCGGACGCGUCCAUGUACGUCACGGGCGCCGACAUCCGCGUCGACGGCGGUUACACGACUACGUAAAGAGGGUCAGCCGCGCAGCAGGGUGGGCGGGAAAAGGCGACGGGUGGACGAAAAUGACUGGGCCCGCGUCUAUUGUUCCAAAAUGGAAAAUCAAGGAGAGAAAAGGGAUCAUAACGAAAGGGGCUCGGAAAACUGGGUAAUUCGGGGCGAAAGGAUAGAAGAACAAGAGCCAGCUCACCGAAGAUAUGACACGGCUCUGUGUGAUUUGGAGCCCCAGAGGGUCGUCCUUGUGGGAUGUAAAACGGGAGGGGAGACAGUCGAUCAGGCGAUCAGGCCAGGCACAUGUGGCGGGCGAACUACCUGCGGGAGGGAAACAAGGCGAGGGCGGUGUUACGGAGCACUUUUUUUCUGCGACCGGCUAAGAAUAGAUAGCAGUGUUGUAUGACACUCUUUUCCCUG